AUGCGGCCGGGCCGUAAAAGGGCCGGGUCAAGUUGUUCUAUGUGGUUGGUUGUGAAUAUUAUGAUACGUUCAUCCCCACAGCUCGACCAAAGCCCGUCUAUGAAAUUCAGCAGCCCUGAUAAGUUAACUCAAAACCAAAAUCUCACCAUUCUCAUUUCACACUUCAAUUUCGAUCUCGUCUUGUUCACCAGAUUCCAACACAAUCGCAGCAGAAGAUUCGAAACUCGCACCACACUCUUUACCCUUGUCAGCUCCAAUCUCCUCAAGAAACCCAAUCAAGAUUUUCAAGGCAUUAGCAGCCUCAUCUUUCUUAAGUAUCCUUUCACUCAUCUCCUCAGCUCGUCAAAACCGAGACCAGUCUCCAAAUUCGACUCAACGCCAUUAGUCACAUCCAAGGUUAGCUUUUUCUGCUCGAGGAACUUAAUAAGGCCCUCGAGCGAAUUUGUAGGAUCGUCACAUUUCAAAAGCUGUUCGCCAACUUCAGCUGGGGUCACCUUGGUUGAAGCUAUUAGUGAUUCGGCUUUGGGCACGAGCAAGUGUUCUGUAGUUCCAAGUUUUUUGCCAGCAAUUGGAAGCCACAUGGAGUACAGUAGGACAUGUGGAUGUGAACAUCCAUGCGGCCGGGCCGUAAAAGGGCCGGGUCAAGUUGUUCUAUGUGGUUGGUUGUGA